GGAUCUUGGGCAUCCGGACUUCUGCCCGACGACUCGCAACGUGCUCUCGGUGUAUGUAUCGUGUGCACGUAUCGUGCGGCCAAUACUCUGACACUUGUAUUGGAUGCACGGGACCCCACAAUCGGCCGGUUUCGCGGCAGCACCUGCAGCAUCGCACCUGCUACGACUCCUGUUGCACCGAGAGGGCUGCGUGAAAGACGCCUCCUGCACUUGACAGAUUCAGCGCACACGAUAUAUAUCAUUCCCCCGACUGCCUAUUGGAAGUGUUUUCGCCGCCCUCCAACUCGCCGCUUGCCGCUUCGGCUCCCUCCACGCGCACUUGCAUGUUGGCUCCCGGCCGUCAAUUGGCCAACUCCUGCUUCACUGCCGCCGCGAGAUCCACGCACCUAUCUGGUUGGGCACGGGCUUGACGCACAUCAUCCUGCCUGCUGAGACACUGCUCUGCUACAACACUCCUUCGCGCAGACGUGUUCCUUUCACUCCGCCACGACUGCCUCUUGACACAGAUCGAACUGUCCCCGCACCAAAGCUGCCAGUCGCCAGCCAGGGCGGACAAGCACCGCCAACAUGAGCAACACCAUUGGGACGGCUCGGACGAUGAAGAGGAAGAAUGUGAAAGGCCUGGCUUUGAGCGCUCCCCCUAAACCGGCAGUGCCUUCAGACGAGGACUCACAGCUCCCCGGAGCACUGGGCAACGACGGCAAGCGAGCAGAUACGCUAGAGAUAGGCGUCGAAUUCAGGCCGGACUGGCGAAGCGAAGACCUCGAGGUGCUAAAAGAGCUAGGAUCAGGAAAUGGAGGCACAGUCAGUAAAGUGCGGCACAAAGGCUGGAACAUCGUCAUGGCAAGAAAGAUCAUCCAUGUUGAGGCCAAGAAAGAGAUCAGGAAGCGGAUUGUGAGGGAACUACAAAUCAUGCACGAAUGUAAUUCACCGUACAUUGUGUCCUUCUACGGCGCCUUCAUGAACGAGUCGAACGAUGUCACCAUGUGCAUGGAAUACAUGGACGUUGGCUCGCUCGACAGCAUAUCGAGGAACUUUGGGCCUGUCCGUGUCGAUGUUCUGGGCAAGAUUGCAGAAGCCAUCCUCGGCGGUCUCAAAUAUUUGUACCUCGCCCACAGAAUCAUGCACCGAGACAUCAAGCCUUCCAACGUUUUGGUGAACAGCAGGGGCCAGAUCAAGCUGUGCGACUUUGGAGUGUCCUCCGAGCUGGAAAACAGUGUAGCAGAUACGUUCGUGGGAACUGGAACAUACAUGGCGCCAGAACGCAUUCAGGGUAGCCCGUACUCGGUCAAGAGUGAUGUGUGGAGUGUUGGCCUGACGCUCAUGGAGCUCGCGAUUGGAAAGUUCCCUUUCACGUCUUCGGCAGACGAUGGAGAUGAGGAAGCAAGCGGGCCUCAGGGGAUUCUGGAUCUCUUGCAACAAAUCGUCCUUGAACCCGCCCCAAAGCUGCCCAAAAGCGAGGCAUUUCCUCAGAUCCUGGAAGACGUCAUUGCCAAGUGCUUGAUGAAAGUGCCGGAAGAACGCCCAACACCACAGGAGCUGUACGACACCGACCCGUUCCUGCAAGCAGCAAAACGCACGCCCGUGGACCUGGAAGCAUGGGCGGUCAGCAUGAUGGAGAGACACAACAGGAGAAGCCACCUUGCGCCGCAAUUGUCACCUUCCACGCGAGCACUGCUGCGUGGUGAGGAUACACCGAGCCAAAGUUCUCAUUCGAGCGUAAAUGAACAGACACCCACGUCAGGCGAUAUUCCGAUUUCCGCUUCCAAUGGCGCGGGUCGACCGUUUCCUGUGCGCACCACCAGCGCCAAUUAUGUGCAACCACAGGUAAAUCUCCCCAUCCGACAAGCGCCAGGCAGCUCAUCGCGCAGCAGACCUGAAACGUCCGGGAGCGAUAGAAGCGACUCUUAUAGGAGAGUAGCUCCAGGCUACGCAGCUCAUUGAUUGCCCGAUGCCGCCGUUGCACCGCUUCUGGGAUGUCACAGCCAUGUUUUUGCCACAGCUUGCUCGACACGUGCAUGGCGGUGCUCCUCCACUUCCACGACAUAGCUUGUUGUCUUUUGAUGACUUGGCCUCGUGUGCAGAGUGCAAGUGUGGCACCAAGAUUAUUCACGGCUGCUGCGGAGCUCUCGGUCAGAAUGCAUUGGAGCGAUACGGAAAGACCUCGGACACAUCUUCACAACCAUCGCCUCCCCACAUCUCCGGAUCAAUUCUUUCAAGCUUCCAGCUGUAUGCGGCACAUGCUCGUCUGCCGCAGCAAAAGCUGGCAAAAGUGGAGAACCCGAGGCUCGUUGCACAGCUUCAAGCACAUGCUUGCACCUCACAAUUGCUGUGCGGUUUGAAAUGGCUGGCUAAUACCACGGGACGGCCCAUCCAGUAAUGCUCUUAGUCGCAUCUAAGGACCAUAUUCACGUCACCGCUUUGCUGCACUGCCGCCAUUCGCGUGUUUGCCAUCGCACAAUCGCACCUGCCAAAUGAAGCCAGGCGUACAGAGCGCUGAAACUCCACCACGGUCUACUGUUCCCUAAUUUCUGGUUUGCCAUCACGUCCGAUGUACGACGCGAACUGCACAAAUUCGUGCGUCUUUCAAACGGACUUGCAAGCCUAUGGUUUCUUUUUCUUAUUCUGCGCGUACGGGCAGUACAGCAGCCGCAUGCGCAUGAGGCAGAGUGCAAGCGCAACGGGGCGUUUAGGUAUUAAUGCAUCUUUAUGUUGCACGAAAGAGGUGAGGCAGCAAACGAUGCCGCUCGCUCGCUCGCUCGCGCUAGAAGUUUGGGUGCUUCAAUUUUCAUAUGGGAUUGCAAGGGUCUGGAGGAAUGCAUACUAGCUAGCUUGGGACAUGAAUGAAAAGGUUGCAUGUAGAUGUGAGGGAAAUAUUGCAUUAUAGGCUGAGAAUCUACGGACGGCGUCAUCGUUGUCGCUUGAGCUCUGCGUGACGACGCUGCGUGUACUCUGACC